UGUGCCCUCAUCUUACUUGCUCUUCACCCUGACCCCCUCUCUUUCGAUCGGCUUAUCCGACUCGGGCCUCCAAUCCAGAUCCCCUCAUUUCGCAGUGUGCAUUUCACUCCAGGCGCUAUUUCUCAAGGCCGUCUUGGAGACAACCUGAUGGAGGUUAUCAAUAUCGUCGACUAUUUCCCUGAGGAGACAAAACGGGAAAUUGAGAUGGAACUAAUUCCUAACAUCUUGACACAUCAUGAGCCUACACACAGGAACAUAUUUGCCGUGAGACGCAAAACUCUGGACAGAAAUGAACAAUUAGUCCUUCAGGCGGACAAAGGAGGAGCUUCAGUGAUAAUUGACAAAAAGACAAUAUACUGA